AUCGAUCCUUGAAUUGACAUAGAAGUAAUUCCAUCAUCAACUUUAUUCCCAGCCACUUAUUUAAUGUACUGUCACACACAUUCAUUUGAAUUUCACCUCAAAACCCAGUUAUAGAGAAGAAGAACAAAAUUCUCAUUCCUUACAAUUAAAUAUGCCUUCAUCACAAUCAUCAAGUCUCAACCCAGAAGCUGAGAAGCAUAAACAGCUUGAUAAAGAUAUUAGAGAGAUGGUCACUUCCAUCACCAGCCGUGUUGCUAACUUUCACAAAUCAGGUCAUUAUAAAGAAGAAGAAGAUGAUGAUGAUGGUGUUAGGAUCAUAACCCUUGCCGGCACCAACGACGGCGCCACCUUCAAAACCGAAGUUGACAACAAUAUUCCGAUGGCCAGCCAUCACUCGGGGAAGCAGACAGAAGAGGAGGAAUUGAGCACUUAUGUGAACAGCAAUUUUCAGGCCGUCAACAAUUCAAUCAUGUUUAGUGGAAGCUACCAAGCCCAUGAUCCCGGUGUGAACAUCGAGAUCUCGGAUUUUACCGAGCCGGCCGGCCACCAUAAGGCCGAGAAGCACGGUAAGAAGGGGAAGAAGAAGAAAGAAAAAGAAGGAUCCAAAAGUGACAGUGAUCAUCAUUCUGGACAUUCUGAUUGAGAUACAAGUCUAAUUCAUCACCUAAGGGAAAGUGGAGUGUCAAAGUAUUAAUAAUUACUACUAUAUGUCCUUUUGUUUGAUUAAAUUUUUGAACGCAUUAUAUUACUUUAGGAUCCAAUCAGAAAAAAUGGCUUGUGGGUGAUUGUUUAUGCAUACAUUUUAAGAUGCGAGUGAGGUUUUCAUCGAUGUUAAGCAUGAUUGUGAUUGAACACCAUAUCAAGAAUAUUAUAUCGAAGGUAAAAAUUGUAAUAUCAUUGUCAUAAUGUAUUCCUA